AAAUAACACAGUAUGACAUUUUUAUGUCUUUAAUAUGUAUGUACAAGACCCUAGUCUCUUGCAACAAUAGUUAGAAAUCUUAAUGUGACUAAUUGAAAUAAAUUUGAACUUGAACAUCAUUUAAUUGAGAAUUUCAUUUCUAAUAUCUCAUAUAAAUUUCUCAAGUUUACAUUCAGUAUAUAAUUAUACAAUCUAUUGUUAACAUUAUGCAUCUAAAGAAUUAUAAAUUGAUUGUUGUACAAUAAUAAUAAUACAGACACUAACAUUCAUAAUUCGAUGAGUAGACCGUAGGUAGGAGGUACGUUUAGUAAAUGUUUCGUUGUAGUAGAGUGUUUAAUAUUUUUAUACUCUUUGAACUUGGGUUAUUAGGUAGUACAUGAGAUCAGAUUACAAGGUAGUACUACUACUAGUAGUACUUCCAAAACAAAUCCUGAGCUAAACUAUUUGAUUAAAAUUUAUCAUAAUAAUUAUUUGAAAGAAAAAAAAACAUUCGCUUAAAGGACAUGUAUCAUAAAGAAAAAAAAAACGUCCGUUGUAGACUUGUGUAAAUCUAUGUUAAACUUCAAAAAGCUGUCAACAGUAAAAUCAACAAACAAACAAAAAAGUCGUUCAUAUUACAAUUAUACGUUCAUUUUAAAGUCUUAUCACAUUCACGUGUUUAGGAAAUAAAUAGCACAUCACAUCUUAGGUGUUAAAAUUAAACUACGAGUACUCUGUUCAUAUGAUGGCUUCAGUUUUAUGCCGCCAAAAUAUUUUUCACUUUUGUAAUGAGUGAAACGGAUGAUACCGAUGUUCUUCUCUUGAUACCUCCUAACUUUUUCCUCGUUCCUAGCUCAGAUUCUGACACUUCAGUACUGGAGUCCUCGCGUACUGUUGUUCACAAACCGGUUUCAUGCACAGCACAAGUCCUAGGCAAACUUGUCAACCAAGUGCAUUCGCUUGAAUCUAGGUUAGAAAGCCUAGAAUUAGAUUCAAAUAAUACCUUAUCCAGCGUCACUUCAAGAAGAAAAACAUGGGAUUCCGACAGUUUUGAGAACGGCAGCGUCGAUAGAAAGUGUUUCACAUUUCCUCGUAGGCGACGCCGUAAAAUUUUGCGUAAAGACCGGGCGAAAGAAAGUUCAUUAACUAGUCUAGAUACAAUAGAUACAUGUAAGAAAACAAUUCCUAGUUUAAAACUAGAUAACUUUUAUAGAAAAUCGACAAAAAUAAAUGACCUUCAAAGUAUGGAUGGUGACAUCAGUAGUAUUGUGUCUACUCCAAGUAAGAAAAAUGAUAAAUUGCUAUUGCAUGAAAUUGAUGAAUUCCUGACUAAAGUAGAAUGUUAUGAGAGCCCUGAAACCAGGGCAAACGAGGAUUCAAUCAGCCCAGAAAAUGUAAUAAAAGCUACAGGUGAUUAUAUGACAAAUAAGUAUGAUGUAAAAAGCAGUGCAGAUGAUGUUGUGUUGCCAAGUGGAAGAACCGUGUCAAGCUCAGUUCUAGAUAAGUACAUAUAUUUAGUGAAAAAUAAUCCAAGUAGUUUGCAAUCUCUGCCAAGGAAUUAUAAAAUAGAACAGAAUUCAACUACAUCAGCCAAAAAUAAACAAGAAAAUCAAGAAACGAGGUCUCCCAGUGUUCGUAAAUUAAAUUUCUCUGAUAGCAAAGAUAUACAGCCAACUUCAACACCAAAAUGUGCAAAAUCUGCGAGUACAUACUCGGAGUCAUUCAAACCUUCAUCUAACAAAAUAUAUGACAGAGCCACUAAAGUUCUGGAACAUUACAAAUCACAGAACUAUAGCAAAGAUUACCAGAACACUGUAACGGAAGCAAGUGCAAGAAAAGAAGAAUUCAAAAUGCCUCAAAUGCGGCCAUUUGGCUAUGAAAAUAGAGAUGCACAUAAAAUUAAUAUUGACUCAAUAGAUACUGACUUGCUUAGUCUGAGUGAGCUUUGGGGAGAGAAAAUUGAAAGAGGAGAAAGGUCAGAUAAUAUUAAGCUGGAAGAAGAAAGACUAAAAAGAGAGCACUGCGAAUCAAUGAUCCAACAGUUGCAAAGAAAAAUCCUAGAGCAACAAGAAAAGCUUGCCGUUGCAGUAAAAGUGGACAAAGCAAAGGAUGCAGCAAUAAGCAAGCUACGAGAUGCUUGGCUUAGGCUCACUGGCAGUCUUGAUAAGGCAGAGGAGAGACACAGGAGUGCGCUGGAGAAAAUGACUCGUGAAGUUGAUAAUUUCAAAGUAGUUGCUGAAGACGCACAAAAAAAAACACGUCACUUUGAAUCGGAACUGUACAAAGCUCUCGAUCUCGCACACGACUAUCAAGAGAAAUGCAAGCAAUUAACUGCCGAAAAGAAGGAACUACAAGAUAACAUGGAGAAAGUGGUAGCGAGUAAGGAUGAGGUGAUCAGGAACAAGGAUAAGGAAGUGGAGGUGCUGAAGGAGAAUUACGAGACGGUCAUGAGGUUGAACAAGCAGUCUACGGAUUGUGUACGGAAUCUUGAAGAGGCAUUGGACAGAGAAAAGCUAGACCAUGAGAUGACAAAAGGCAAAGUGAAUGAACUGAAUCAAAAAUUGCGUUCAACAGAAGAAGCCUCCUCUCUAGUGCUGCAAGAGAAAGACAUUUUGAAGGAAAAAGUGAAUGAAGAGAGAUCCAGGUGUACAGUACUGGAGCGGCAGCUCUGUGAUACACAGAACCAGCUGAGUGAAAUGCUUCGACGAUGUGACACACUAGAAAACGAAACCAAGAAUCUCCGCAAACACCUAGAACUCCAGAAAACAGAACUAAAGAGCCACUACCAGCAGCAGCUGGAGGAAGCGGUGCUGGGAAAGUUGCACGAGUUCCAAAGGCAGCUGGAUUCAGCGGAGAGAGAUAUGGAGGCAGCGGCCAGGAGUAAAGAGAACUCCAUUGUGGAUGCUUAUAAUAAGCAGAUUGUGAGGAUUGAGGAACAGCACAGGCUUGAAGUUAAUGUUCUAGAAGAGAAGCAAAGAGAGGAGAUAAAGUUGUGUCGUCUGCAACUGGCGCAGGCAACUGAGAAGAUCGGACUGCUUGAGAGCAAACUGGAGACGUACCGGCGUCGGCGCGGCGAGAUCGCGUCGCAGCUGCACGCCGUCAUGGAGGCGCAGUGGCGCCAGGCGCUCGGCAUCCUCACGCGCUCGCACCGCGACGCGCCCGCCCCCGCCGCCGUGUCCACCCCGCACCUCGAGUACAGCCCCCCCGCGGCCCCCGCGGGUCCCCCCACCAGGCCCCACGUGGACCUGCACUUCGAGGAUCUGAGUGAUAGUGAGCUGCAGCACUAUGUGAAAAUGCUACUAACGAAACCGCCAAGUGGCGAAGUGCGCGGCCGCGACACAGCCGAGCGGCCCACCAGCGACAGAGACUCGCACGAGCGGAGGAACAAGCCGGGAUACACGAAACAACCGCCCUGGAAGGCUUGA